AUGACUUUCUUUCUUCUGUUUAUAAUUGUAAUAGAUGUUGGACACUUUGACUCCAAGUAUGUUAUACAGAAACGCAGUGAUUUUUUGCAAAAGGCAAAACUAUGUGUUCGAAGAAUUGUGGAGAGGAGGAUAUUUACCAGUGGUAAAGAUGAAAUUGGGUUGAUUGUACUUGGUUCUGACAAGACACAGAAUCCACUUGAUUACCCAAAUGUUAGUGUGGAAUUUCCUCUUGCACUACCUACAUGGCAGAUGAUAUCCUUUGUGGAGAAAUCUUUUCAUGAAAGUGAAAUAAAAAGAGAUUGGAUAGAUGGUGUUGUUGUUGGCAUGCAAGUCUUGAAAGAUGAGCUAGAUUUCUUUAGAAUAAUUUGCUGUUUCACGGGUGCCUUGAAGGAAAUAAAAGAUCUCGAAAGUGUCUUAAUGACAACCGAUGGCCUCAUGUUGACAAGACAGCUGGUUGCCUUGCAGAGGGCAGGGCUUGACGGUCUGAACAUCAGCUUAGACACCCUGCAGUCCCAACGCUACAACCAGAUCACGAGGAGGAAAGGCUGGGAGCGUGCCAUGGCUGGCAUAGAUCUAGCCUUGCAACUUGAAUACGACCCUGUGAAGAUAAAUUGUGUUGUAAUGCGAGGUUUUAAUGAAGAUGAAGUGUGCAGUUUUGUGGAGUUAACAAAAGAGAAAAAUGUUGAUGUAAGAUUUAUCGAGUACAUGCCUUUCAGCGGCAACAAAUGGAAUGAUGGGAAGAUGGUCUCAUUUAGUGAAAUGGUCCAAAUAAUUAGAAAGCAGUGGCCUAAUUUUGAUCCUCUGCCCAAUGGGCCCAAUGAUACCUCAAAGGCAUACCAUGUCCUGGGCUUCAAGGGACGUGUGGGAUUUAUUACCUCAAUGAGUGAACACUUCUGUGGCACGUGCAACCGUUUACAGAUAACAGCUGAUGGCAAUUUGGAGGUGUGUCUCUUUGGGUAUUCAGAGAUAUCUCUCAGAGAUGCAAUACGAAGCAAAUGCAGUGAGGAUGACUUGCUUGCCAUGAUUGGGGCAGCAGUGAGAAGAAAGAAGAAACAACAUGAAGGCAUGCUGAACCUGUCAAAGAUGAAGAAUCGGCCAAUGAUUCUUAUUGGAGGAUAACAUUUUUGCUGUAUGCUCCUGCAGUCACACUGCCUUGGUGGACCAUCUCGGGGGUUGUCUACAUGCCACACAACAGACUUUUUGGUGUCCCUUGUGAAUGAUUCACUGGU